UCAUCACCAUCAUUUUCAUUGAUUCAUGAGAGAUAUAAACAGAAACAGAAGGAAUCAAUCCGCUAAAAAUGGCCGCAUCUCUCUCGCAGCUUUCUGUUCUCAGUCAGAUCAGUGAGGAAUUUUUACUCUGUCAAGUGUGUUUCGAAGGAUUCAACAAACCAAAGCUUCUGCCGUGUUUACAUAGUUUUUGUGAGGCCUGUCUCGCUCGGUAUGUAUCGACAAAAGAAGGAACAAUACGAUGCCCGAUGUGCAAGCAAGAUACGGACUUGCCGGAUGUCGGAGUAGGCGGACUUAAAGAUAACUUCUUUAUUCUGAAUCUGUCAGAUGUAUUUACGCCUAAGAAAGACGAAGGACCUUCGAGGAGAGCGAUCUGCACCGGCUGUAAUGGAACAGACGUUGAAGCUAGUUACCGAUGUUUAGAAUGUGUCGAUUUCUUGUGUGAUGAUUGUGCUCCAAAUCACGAUCAUAGAAUAGCUCGAUUUACUAGGCAACAUCACAUCAUCUCGUUCCCACCAUCUCCAGAAAAUAAACCAGGCAGUAAAGAUGACCCAGUCUGCCAAAAGCAUGGCCCAGAACUAGCACGAUUUUACUGUGAAACGUGUGGUGUGCCAAUUUGUAGGGAAUGUGUUCUUGUGGAACAUAAAGACCAUUCUCAUAAUUUCUUAAAGGAUGAGGUUGCAAGACACAAACAUAAGAUAAAUAUACUGUUGCAUGGUGUCAAAGAUAAGAUAACUGAUUUUGAAGAAGCUUUAAGAAAUGUUGAUGAAGCUGAAGCGAAUUUAGAAGCAAACAAAGGCCAGGCAGAAUAUAUCAUUGAUAGGACUGUGGACGAGUACAUCGUGCUACUACGACGUCAGCAACAGGAACUUUGCAAGCGAUUGGCACGAAUUUGCGAAAGCCGUCGCAAGCAGCUGACAGCCCACCGUAAGAGUCUUCAAGGCGCUCUGGAGAAUCUUCUCAGUGGGUUUGAUUUCACGCAAAAGGCACUUGGCCACGGAAGUCAACUCGAUAUGCUUUACAUCAAAGAUGAAGUUAUCGAUCGCCUGCAAGGCUUGUCAACAAUUUCUCCUCAGCAGGACAUGACGAUAGAUCAACUAAGUCAGUUGUAUUUUGUUGCAGAUGAGGCUGUGGUUGAAAAUAGCAUUCCUGUUCUUGGGGAAAUUAGGUGCGGUGAGAGAACAGCAUCAGAUUUUUCGGAGGGCGACACAAAAUCGCUUUGUUCCUAUGAAUCGUCUGAACCUAGCGAACUGCCAAAUUUGGAGUUAGUAUGUCGGUCGCCAAAGCGUUUACCGCCCCCAAGCCCUCUCCGCCACCCGAUCAAAACUAAACUAUUGUACCACCUACGAGAUGAAUCUGGUGAGGCUGGAGAAUUUGAUUGGCCAAGUGGCGUGGCUGUCACAUCAGAUAGCGAAUACAUGGGCAUUAUAGAUCGCGACAACGAUCGCAUUCAGGUAUACAACCGUAAAGGGAAGUUUGAGUGUAAAUUUGGUUCGCGUGGGCGCAAUCCUGGCCAGUUUGAGCUUCCACUGGAUGUUGCGUUUACCCAGGAUGAUGACCCUCUGAUCUAUAUCACCGAUGAGUAUAACCACCGUGUUCAAAUUCUUACCUUGUAUGGAAAAUAUGUAGCACACUUUGGGGAUAACGGUAUGAUGAAACAACCGUAUGGAAUAACCAUUGAUCACAAAGGGCGAAUCAUCGUCACCGAUAUCGGCAAACAUCGUGUGACCAUCCAUGAUCCGGAUGGCCGACUGGUGCAUAGUUUUGGUUCUCGGGGUUCUUCUGAUGAAAAUUUUAAUGAACCACGUUAUGUUGCUGUUUCUCGAGAUAGAAUUGUUGUAUCCGAUCAUUGCAAUCAUUGCGUGAAAGUGUUCAGUAUAGAGGGCAUUCAUCUACAUACAUUCGGAACGUGCGGUUCAGGUAAUGGUCAAUUUAUCGGACCAACAGGUUUAUGUUUCGAUAAGGAUGAUAACAUUCUGGUUGCAGACUGUGCCGAUCGUGUGCAACUCUUUACCACGGAAGGAAUGUUUAUACGUAUGGUACUCUCGGAGGCCGAUGGUAUAAGUGGCCCGCUUGGUAUGGCACUGAGUAAAGAUGGAGAACUUAUAGUCACAAACUUAGGUACCCAUUGUGUUAAUGUUUUUAAAUACUCAGGUUGGGUCUGAGGAAAAAUAUCUCAUGAAAUGACCCUUUAGUCCAAAUGGUUGAUUGGUAACAUAAAUGCUCGAAUAAGCAUCACACCAAACCUAAUAUUUUUUUGUUAAAGUGCCGCAGUGCUUAAUCAAGAGUGUAUAAUAUUACCCUGUGUGUAAUGAAACAGGAAUUUAAAUAUAAUGUAUAUGGUGUUAAAAUGAAUACUGUAAAUCAUACAAUGAAGACACAAGCAUUUCUUUAUAAACGUUUGUUUACGAUGAUAGGACUUAUGAUAGGCCUACUGAACUACGGGAAUACAUGAAAUGGGUAACAUGGGAACUGGCAUGGAAAGCGCUGGCAAUAUUUUUUCAAAGCACCACUCUCAAAUAGGCGCUGCACUGAAGCCUCAACAAAUUUUAUAAGCGUUGCGGCGCUUAUUUAGGCAUUUACGGUUAUUAAUAAUAAUUAACCUUGACAGACUUUAAUCAGUACAGAUUUUUCCUGAAUUCAGAAUUAUGAACGUGCAUUAUUUGCAAUACAAAAACAAGGAAAAUUUUAGCAUCUUAAUAUGCUUGCUCAUGAAACGAAAAUUGAAUUGUUCAAAGUAACAAUAGUACAGUAUUAUAAGAAAUGAAUGAAUACGAUUUUCUUUUACUCUGAUUCUUCCUAUUAGUAACAACAAUCAAGGCUUAAAGUUUUAAUUAAUAUAUUAUUUUUAAGAUGCUAGUAUUACAGAAUAGGAUUGUGAUGUUUUCUUGAAAAUGGUUGUAGUUGUAUAAUAUUAGAACUAAGGAUACCAUAUAUGAAAUUCUUCCAAUAGUUUAAAUUAAAAUUUAUCUCUAAUUUAGGGUAUGAACAGCUGUAAUAGAUUAGUGUCAAAAUGUUGGAAUUUUGUAAUCAAUUAAAAACUGCAUGCCAUGCCAGUGUAAUAUGUGCUUUUCAGUGAAGAACAUGUCAUUUGUAACUUUUAAUAUUUAUAGCUUCACAAACUUGUGCAUAUAAAAGGCAUUCAUGAACAAUCUAAAGAAUUUAAAUCAUAAUAUUUUAAAUAAGUUUAAUUUUUGAGAGAAAUUUGUAGCUAAGAUUAGAAAAAUGUACAGUACCAUAAAGGAAAAAAAAACAUUUAUUUCAGCGUGUUUAGGGGGUGUGGGUGGGGUCUGUUGUUAAAUGUUUAAAAAAAUUGAAUAAAAGCAGAAUAUUUUAAUAUUUUGAUUUCCAAAUGACACCACCUACGUGGAUAUAGCGUUCAUCGCCACGUUCAUCAUUCAACCAAUGUAGGCCUAAUAUAUUGAGUGACUGGAGUUAAAUGGAAAUGUUCAAAGCCACUUGAAUAGCAUGGUAUUCAGUUUCCAUUUCGAAAUGUCAAGUGAUUGCACCAACCUCAUUAUGCGGAAGAGCAUUUCAAAGACAUGCGAAAAUUCUUGCUUUUCCCAAGACUUUGGUUAAUACUGUAUCUUGCCGUAUUUUGUAAUAAAGUAUGGCCUACACAUUUGUGUCAGUGACCUUGAUAUUUUAAAAAUAAUUAUAUGAAAAUCAUCAAAUUUAAAACAUGAACCUUCUGAAGAAUUUAAAUGAAAAACAGUUCACCCUCCAAUUCAGGACCACAUUCCGGACCUAAAAAUGUAGGGUGGUCUCUGUUCGUCUUCAAUUAGAUGGUUAGCUUUCUGUAAAACGAGUAUUAGAGGGGUCUUGAAUUAACAAGAAAGUAUAAUUUUAGAAUAUAUAUUACAGAAUGACAUCGUUUUGAAAUUUUGACAAAAAUUUUAAAUGAUAAAAUAUUCUGUUCUUCACAUGGAAUUUAUUAUCAAUUAAUAAAAUGUAAAUUUAAAUAACCUAAUAUAUUACACCAUGUGGUUGAAGAAUGUGCUUAUUUUCAAUUAAUAUGCUCCGUUCGUUGCUUAUUGAUCUCCGGCUAACUAGUGUCUUCGUAGCGUAGCAAAUGGUUGCAUAUAUUACAUAUGUGUGUGUAACAUUUCAAUAUAGAAUUUCAGUACAAAUUAAAAGAGAUUUUAUGUUCUUUUAUACUGCAAAGGUUUGCUGUAUUAAGGUGAUAAUAUGUGUUGCUUUUACUAUGGACAUACUUAAUCCUACUCCAGGUGCUCAUGUCUAUACAUAUCAAAAGAAUUGUGUGUGUGGGAUUUUGAUUAAUGAAUGAACCAAGCCAUUAUUAAUUUUAUUAUGAAUAACUCAAACUAGUUCUCCUUUGCUUUUGAAUCUAAAUAUUCAAUAUUAAUAUUAAGAUUAAUACCUUUACUGUUAUUGGAAUCAUUGUUGUAUUCGUAAAUCAUUGGGUGAAGGAGUUCUGGUUUAGAAUUACAAUUCAUUUUAUUUAUUACCGUUUUAUCUGUAAACACAUCACUUUACAGUACCGUAAUCUCCUUGUAACAUGCAAGUUGAAAAACAAAUUAGCUACACUCGUUUGUAGUAAACAUCAGUCUGGCUCCUAAUCGCAAAAAUAACAUCAAGAUUUCUUCACCCAAUGCAUUUACGCAAGUAAUCAUGUACAAAAAAUAAAUCAUAAAAUUUACCCUAUAUUUUUUGCUAGUUAUGCAUAUUUAUAUAUUUCUAUGUGAUCUUUAUUUAAUAUCAACAAAUGUAUGAACUGCUUAAAGUUAUUACAAUUAUUAAUAUUAUAUUAAUAUUUCUAUAUUACGUCUAUUAUUCAUUUCUAUAAAUAUAUGUGUAAAAAUAUUAAAGUAUUUGAAAUAUAUGUAUAUUUUUUCUUACUAUAACAUGUUGAUUUUAAAAUUAUAUAUUAAAUUUAUUAUAAUUAUUAAAAUUAAAUAUAAAAUAAAAUUUUAUCAAUACUGUAAUUUUUAUUCCUAUAAAAUAUUCUUGACACUAAGAAAUAAGUGCAAAAUAUGAAAAUAUGUAUAUUUUCCUUACAUAUUUUAGUAUAUAUUUUAGAAGUUUUAUUUAUUUUAUCUAUGUGCAAUUUAUUUGAAUUGAACAUGCAAUCAUUAGCCUUAACAUGUAUGUAUAUAAAUUC